AUGUUCCAACAGAAAGAACACGUGCCGAAGAAUUAUGUUCUGGAUGGCACACAUGAGGAGGCAAGCCCGGCAGCGGCACCAUCGUUGAGCCUCGUCUCUACCUACGGGAGUGAGAACGAAAAGAGCCACUUCACAUUCGAGGCCGUCCGUCCCAACAUCUAUCGCACCACAUUCACGACAUCUCAGCACCCGCUGCCGCCCUACCCCAGCACUAAGCGCCUAGAGCCUACCUUUGGAGACGUCAGUCCCAAGGUUAGCACCGACGCGGGGAAGAAUUCCCAGGAAAUCGAUCUUGGGUCCUCUAGAGCGGUCGUUAAUUGGACUAACGCGCCGGUCGUCUCCCUGUUCUUGGAGGGAAAGCAGAAGCCGAUCCACCAGGACCUGGAAUUCCGGUCGUACGCUGUCGACGGCAAUGGAACUGCCCACUACACGGCCUAUCGGAUGCACAGCUUACACGUCGGUCUCGGCGAGAAAGCGGCUCCGAUGAACCUCAGCGGCCGCGGAUUCGCCAUAACCGCCAGCGAUACCUUCGGAUACGAGGCUUACCGUACAGAUCCUCUAUACAAACAUGUUCCUCUGCUCAUCAACGCCACACCUGAAGGCUGUGUUGGCAUAUUUUCCACCUCUCAUUCCCGGGCGUCUUGGGCGAUUGGGUCCGAGAUCGACGGUCUAUGGGGCCGCUUCAAGGUGUACCGUCAAUCCUACGGAGGCCUCGAAGAAUACCUGAUUGUUGGAAAGACGGUCGCUGAGGUCGUCCGGUCGUACGCAGAGCUCGUAGGCUUCCCGCUACUUGUGCCUCGUUACAUGAUGGGCUACGUUGGUGGCGGGAUGAAAUACAGCAUGGAGGACUCCCCGCGCGCACGCGACGUCAUAUACGAAUUCAUCAGCAACUGCGAGAAGCACGGCAUGCCUUGUUCGGCCUUCCAGAUGAGCUCGGGGUAUACCGUGGCCGAGACGGAACCUAAGACCCGGAACGUGUUCACCUGGAACCGACACCGCUUCCCGGAUCCCCGGGCCUUUACCCGCGAGUGCCAUAGGCGCGGAGUUCGUCUGCUGGCGAACAUCAAGCCGUACGUGCUAGCAAACCACCCGGCGUACCCGGAACUAUCGAAAACCGGCGCCUUCUUCAAAGACCCGGCCACGGGAACCACCGCAGUCGCGCGACUCUGGAGUGCGGGCGGAGGAGAGAGUGGAGAGGGGAGCCACCUCGAUUUCAGCUCCAAGGCAGGAUACAACUGGUGGUACAACGGCGUCAAGGCCCUCAAAGAAGUCGGGAUCGAUGCUAUGUGGAACGAUAACAACGAGUACAACACCCCCGACGACGACUGGCAGUUGGCUCUCGAGACCGUCACCGUACCGCCUGGGGAGACUCGGAACCACAUCGGCCUCUGGGGGAGGGCCAUGAAUACCGAGCUCGUGGGGAAGAGUUCACACGACGCGACGCUCGAAGCCGAGCCUAACCUCCGUCCCUUCGUACUCACGCGUAGCGCGACAGCGGGAACUAUGCGAUACUGCGCCAGCUCGUGGAGCGGCGAUAACGUGACGAGCUGGGAAGGGAUGAAAGGAGCCAACUCGCUAGCGUUGAACGCGGGCUUUUCUCUGCUCCAGUGCUAUGGCCACGACAUCGGCGGCUUCGAGGGUCCCCAGCCAACUCCCGAGCACCUCGUCCGCUGGAUCCAGCUCGGCAUCCACUCGCCGCGCUUCGCCAUCAACUGCUACAAGACCAACCCUGACGACAACCUCGUCGGCGAGGUCAUCGAGCCGUGGCAGUACCCGUCUGUGAUCCCGAUCAUCCGGGACGCCAUCCGGCGGCGAUACGAGCUCGUGCCCUACACGUAUUCGCUCAUGCUCAAGUCGCACCGCGAGGCGGUACCCCCGCAGCGAUGGACAGGCUGGGGCUUCGAGUCGGACCCGACCGUCUGGACGCCGGAGCUGUACCAGGGCGACACGCAGUACUGGUUCGGCGACGCGCUGCUCGUCGCAGGCGUCUACGAGCCCGGCGCCUCGAGCGCGCGCGUCUACCUGCCGGACGCGAGCGGCAGCGACCUCGGCUUCCUCAGCGUCUCGGCGCCGUACCAGUACCUAGCGGCGGGGCAGUGGCACGACGUCGCGUCGGCGUGGCACGACUCGAUCCCGGUACUCGCGCGCGUCGGCGCCGCGGUCCCCGUCGGCAAGCCCGAGCCGACGACGUCUGUCGCCGGCGAGGACGCCGAGUUCCCGAACCUAGCCAAGGACGACUACCGGGGCGUCGAGAUCUUCCCCCCGCCCCGCGCGCAGCUCCCGCACUGGCCCAAGGGCCACGGCGAGCUCGACCUGCUCGGCGCCGCCCCCCGGUGGUUCCGCAGCGCCUGGCUCGAGGACGAUGGCGCGAGCGUCGAGAGCAAGGCCGACGCCGCCAAGAUCACCGUCGCCUACGGCGUGUCGGCGUCCGAGAUCCGCGUCAAGGUCGACGCGAAGAAGGAGGGCGCCUUCGAGCCGCUGUGGCUCAAGAACGGCAUCGUCGUCGUGUUGCCCGUCGGCGAGGAGCGCGCCGUCAAGGACGAGGAUGGCGGGGACGGCCACGUAAAGGACCUGGGCCGCGACGACAAGGCCCGGCGCAUCUUUAGGGUCGACGUUGACGUGCUGUCGCGCGAGAACUUUGAGGUCUUCCAGAGGUACGGCGAUCCCGUCGGGUCCGAUCCGCGACAUCGCACCGUCACCAUAUACGCGUCACCGGACGCGCAGACGACGUACGUCGAGAGGGAUCUCAAGCUUGACAGCCUGCCGUCCUUCUUCAGGCCCCGACCCAGCUCUGGCGCCCCGCGCGGGGUUGGGUCGGCGGCCUCCCUCAAACUGGUCGUGGUAGACAGCAUGCAGGAGUCGUGGUCGAAUUCGUACCGCUCGCUGUGGCUAACCAAGGAUGUCUUCCUCGCUCUCGUGGACACCAUGGGCAUGGACCCGGCCGCGCUUUGGCUGCUGCGCAACGAGUACGACGGGUUCCACUACUUCACCCCCUCCUCAUCCUCCCCUUCGCCCUCGUCAUCGUCCUCAUCAGUAUCGAGCUCCUCGUCGACGCUCGACGCCGAAAAAGAGGGGCGCGAUGUCAGCCCUCCUUUGAUCGACACGUACUACAUCGGGACGUCGAGCUUCGUGCUAAUCUGGACGUACGACCGGCGGGGUGCGGACACGCGCGCGCUCUGGGUGCUGCGGCAGCAGCAGCAGCAGGGCAUCCCGGGGGGCAGCGUGGCGGCGGCGUGGUUCGCGAACGUGCUGCGGCGGCACCGCGAGCACGUGCGGUCGCCGUUCCUGCUCGGGUACGUGGCGGCGCUCGCGACGUGCUGCACGUUCGACGGCGAGAUCGCGUACCGCGCGCACGUCGUGCGCCUCGUCGAGCGCCAGACCGGCUACAGCACCCACUCGAGCGGCAUCGAGGACCGCCUCGGCAUCGACUCCCUCACCGUGUCCAUCACCGAGAUCGGCGGCGUCCUCAACCACAUCGUCAACAACGAGCGCCACUUCCGCCUCGUCGACUCCGUCCUCGACUUCUUCCGCGACGCCCUCGACGCCCAAGAGCGCGGCGGCAACGACCACGACCCAGACCCCCAUCGCCGCGCCGCCCGGCACGCGAGCACCCGGAAGCUCGUCGCCGCCAUCCCCCUGCUCAAGAGGCGCAUGCACGCCUCCCAGGAGUUCCUGAAGUACCUCAAGGAGCGCGUCGAGCGCCUAUCAACGGUGCUGUUCGCGCUGCUGACGCACGAGGACUCGGCGACGCACGCGGAGCUGGCGGCGGCGAGCCGGCGGAUCGCGGAGGCGUCGCAGCGCGACAGCUCGAGCAUGAAGACGGUGGCGGUGAUGACGAUGGCGUUCCUGCCCGCGACCUUCGUGGCCGCGCUCUUCGCCCUGCCCUCGCUCGACUGGCGCGCGCCCCUCGAGGACGGCCCCGCCGCCGUCGUCCAGCCCUACUUCUGGGUCUACUGGGCCGUCACCCUCCCCGCCACCGGCCUCGUCUUCGCCCUCUGGUUCCUCCUCGACAGGACCGCCGCCGCCCCCGCCCGCGCGGACGCCGACGCGAACCCCGGCGCGAGCCCGGGCGGAAACGGGAUUAGGGCCGAGGAUAUAACACGUAGACAUUGGCUUCGUCUGAAUGGGUUCCGCAUCCUCGGGCGCAUCGGAGUCCUCCUCGAGACUAGCACCAUCCUCCGGUUCGGUCGCGGAGUCGUCAACGGUCGCCGCGCCUCCAAUUUCGUCCUCCUCGCCCUCGUCUUCCGUAUCGGACAGCACAACGCGGGCACGCUUAGCAGGCCGCGAUGGCCUUUUCACCACUUCGUCGCUCACAGGCUCAGGGUCGUGUUCGUCCUCCGAAGACACGAUGCGACGCUUGUUCCUGGCAACCUUUCGAGUAGCUUCUUGGUCGGACGAGUCGUGCUCGGAAUCGUCUCCACCAGGGUUAGGAGAUUCGGGUUCGAGGCUGGAGAAACUGCCCACACCCACCCCAUCGCCCCAGUUGAUUCCGGCACGUCCGCCUCGGGGUGGGGAGAAUCCACCAAAGCUAAGGGUGUCGUCGUCGUCAGAACCCGACUGCACCUCCAAAUCGUCCUCGUCCUCCCCUGCGUUAUCGUCGUCAUCAAUAGUGGCAUCGUCAAUUCCCUCGCUCUCGUAUUCAUCUUCGUCGGUCUCGGAUCCAUCCUCGUUAGUCUCGGUCUCUGUAUCUGA